CAUCACGACUUGGAUCCUCCAUGAAGAUGGACGGCCGAGUCUUUGGUCUCCUGUGGAUACUUUGCCUUUUCAUCGCACAAACAAAAGCACAGGGAGAUGAGAAUAUUGAACAGACUCAGCAGUCUCUUAUGGACUGUACUUGCAUGAAAUCGGAUAAAGAAUGCAACCAAAUCAAGAGCAAGUGUGAAGAUGAGAUUUGUUCAGUGAGGGAAGUUUUUGAAUGUCAAAGCUGCAAGGGAAUGGACUGUGAUUGUGUCUACAGCCCGUUUGAGGAAAGAGUCGCUGAAGUCUGUGUCACAAAAGGAGAUGGAUCAGAGAUGAAACGAGGUCUAAAGAAAGUCAUCAAAAAGAUAAAAGAAAAAAUAUAUAAAGUUAAAAAGAAGUUGAGACGGUUUUUCGGAAGAAAAAGAAAAAACAGAAGACAACGAAGGAUAAGAAAAAACAACAAAGGAGAAAAGAAACCGAAAGCCCCUGGUUUGAAAAUGCCGAGACGACCAAAACAAAAACCAAGGAAAAACCCGAGAGUUGGGAGACCGAGACCUAGAAGACCGAGACCAAAACGACCCAAGAAGAGGCCUCCAAAGGAGGAAUGCUCUGACGAAUUGCAGUCAUGGAGAGGAUGGUCAGAAUGGGGGAGCUGGGCCUCCAUUGGUUAAAAAAUAAAGGGAAAUCAUAAAGUCAAUUUGAAAGCAGUGUUAUUUAAUUAUCUACAAAGUGUAAAAAAUCAUCAACAGAAAGUUUUGAAAAAAAAUUGUAUGAAGAUAAACAUAUUUAUCUCAUUCUAGUGGUGGAUUAAAUCCUAUUGAAUGAAACAAAAUUUUUACU